AUGGUUCUUGUGCUGCUGAGGCUCAGUGUUGGACGAUGCACAAACGAUCAGCUCUUUGAGACAAAGACCGUUCAUGUUGGAGAGGAAGUGGAACUGUUGUGUCCACGCGAGCGAGAGUCAACCCAGGCGUUCCUGUACUGGUUCAGGCUGGUCUCUGGACGUUCUCCUCAUUUCAUAGGAGGAACAUUUUCCUUUAAUUAUGAUGGUGUAAAACAGAUUCCUCGCAUCACAGCAAAACAAGGGAACGGAACUUUCCUCCUGCACAUUAAAGAAACAGAUCUGAAUGAUACUGGAUUUUACUACUGUCUCAAAGCAAACCGCCUCAACUUGACAUUUCUUAAAGGAAUUAUUCUGACUGUUAAAGGACCAGAACCUAAAAUAAUUACCAUCAUUGAAGAGCCGAUACCUGGUCCAGUCCGUCCUGGAGAUUCUGUGACCCUCCAGUGUUCUGUUCUCUCUGACUCUGACAGCGGAACGUGUCCACGUGCUCAGGGUGUUCAUUGGUUCAGACCUGGAUCAGACGGGUCUCAGGCCCGACUCAUUUUUACUGAGGGGGGCAGUGGUGGUGAAUGUGAGCGCAGACUUGAGAUCCAACGUCCACAGAAAUGUGUCUACAACUUCUCUAAGACCAUCAGCUCCUCUGACGCUGGGACUUAUCACUGCGCUGUGGCCACGUGUGGACAGAUACUCUUUGGAAAUGGAACAAAGCUGGACAUAGACGUCGUCAGCAGCUGUGACUCACACAGAGACAACACGGUUCUGUUUCUGCUGUGUGUCGCUUUGGCUACAAGUCUCAUUGUUAUAAUCAGCCUUGUGUGUGUUGUCAUCAAUACCUCUACACAUUGUUGCAAAGCAACAAGUUGUAAUGAGCAUAGUCAUGAGAAAAGAAAUGAGGACACGUUAGUUUAUUCUACAGUCAGGACAACAGGAGGCAACAGAAGGAAAGCAGCCGUGACAGAAGAGGCGGUUUAUACGAAUGUCGGGGCAUUUCAACUUCAGUGACCAACAGGUUCUAAUUUUAUGGAUGUGAGUUAAACCAGAAUAUACUAUAAUGUAUAAAAUAUUAAACCAAUGAUUAUUCCUCUAGAAACCUCAUUGGAACUACAGUACAGUAUGUAUUGUUCAGUAAGUCUUUGUCACUGCAAAAUGUUUCCGAUGACAUGAUUGUUACUUUUUUUUGUAUUUUAAAUCAUGUGAUGUCAUCCUGAUAAUCAGUGAAUAAA